AUGGCAACGGGGGGCAUUGCCCUCCUACUAUCACCACAGAACCAACCACACAGUUUCCGGGGCCUUGAAACAAUCGGCACCAUCAUCUACAUAUUCGACCUCUGCAUCUUCAUCCUCACCGUUGCCGCGAUAACCUACCGGUUCAGCAAAUGGCCGCACGCACUGAUCUCCAGCCUCGUCCAUCCGACGGAAUCGCUAUACUUUGGCACGGCAUUCCUCGCCAUGGCAAGCAUCAUCGCAUGCAUGGCACACUACGGCAUCCCGCACUGUGGCCCCUGGCUGGUCGUGGUGUAUCGGGUGCUAUUCUGGAUCUAUGUAUCCACUACAUUCGUGGUGGCGGUCGGGGCAUAUUCGAUGCUUUUUACUAAUCCACGGCUCAAGAUCCAAGACAUGACGCCUGCAUGGGAUCUGCCCAUGUUCCCGUUCAUGCUGAGCGGGACGAUCGCCAGUUCCGGAAUUGAAUUCCAACCGCGCCAACACGCGAUGCCAAUGCUCUUCGCCGGUCUUACUGCACAGGGGUUGGGCAUGUGCGUGUCCUGUUUCAUGUAUGCCAGCUACGCGCGGCGUAUGAUCCAGUACGGGUUCCCGUCGCCCGAAUCCCGGCCGGGGAUGUUCAUCGCCGUGGGGCCACCGAGCUUCACCACGCUGGCCAUCAUUGGGCUUGCUGACCAAUGGCCCGGUGGAUACGACUAUUUCGGUCCCGAUGCCAUCACUGCCCAGGUGGUGCGGGUGCUCGCACUAAUGACGGCCGUGUUUAUCUGGAGUUUGUCGCUGUGGUUUUUCUCCAUCAGCGUCGUCAGCUGUCUGGCCGUUUGGAAGACGUUUCGGUUCCGGAUGAACUGGUGGGCGUUUGUCUUUCCGAAUGUCGGCUUCACGCUGGCCACUAUUAAUAUCGGCAAGUCCCUGCAGAGCCAGGCGGUCAUGUGGGUUGGUUCGGUCAUGACGGCAUGUCUUAUCAUUGUGUACUUGUACGUCUUGUGCAAUUUUGUGCGCGCCGUGUGGCGAAAAGAUGUCCUUUACGCCGGCAAGGAUGAGGAUAACUAUAAACGCGAAAAGAUGGGUAAGGCCGAAGCGCUGGGCGAUGAUGUCGAGAGAAACAUUGGCAAUCGAGACGUCAAGGUCAGUUGA